AUGACAGAUUUCCUUCCCCCCACAACAGACGUUGUUUUCAUCGACACCCUUCGCCUUUCGGCGAAUAUUGGAUAUGAUUGCUGGGGUCGACGCCGAGCCCAGCCGAUUGAACUGACCGUGUACUUGCACUUGAAAAACAGUUAUCUCAAGGCGGCUAGUCAAUCAGACAACGUUCUUGAUUCAAUCCACUAUGGGCACCUCUCCAAAGCGAUCAGCACUCUCGCUAAAUCGAAAUCCGAAAAUGGUGAUCCAGGCUUUGACGGUAUAGAUGGGUUGAUUGGCGAAGUUGCACAAGAGGCUUUGAAGUUGGCUGGGAAUGCUGCCGAUGAAGUGAGAGUGGUGGUUGACAUACCCAAACUCAUUUUGCUUGCUGGCGGUUUUGCGGUGGAUUAUACGAUACCGCAUCCGUCAUAUCCGCUUGCUUCUCCGGGCACCAAAAAGGUCUAUGUGAAAGAGCUCAUUCUACCGGUGAUCAUUGGCGUUAACCCUCCGGAAAGAGAGUCCAAACAACGCGUCAUUACCAGCAUCACCUUCUAUGAAAGAAAGGGUCUGGGGGGCGCCGACCCCGUCGAUUACCAGAAGAUUGUUUGUGACCUGACCAAGGAAUUGGAGGCUUCAUCCUACCUCACACUCGAAAAAUUUGUCAUGCAUGUUGUUCGCUCAGGCUGCUUAGCUUCAGAAGCUAUUGAAGCCGUCACAGCGCGGGCGCAAAAGCCUAGCGCUCUCAGUUUUGCGCACUCGUCGGGCGUCGAAAUCACCAGAGCCAGAUCUGUUUUCCUCGUAUAG